AAAACCGAAUUAGGACGGUUGAACAUCAUCAUUGUAUGCUUUACGCGAAUGAUUUAUUGUGCACGUCCAUUAUCCGUCGUGGAUAACAACGCAGAACUUGUUAAUGUAGCACCUAUCAAGGUCAACAGAAAUCCCCCGGCACCCGUCAUAGCCCUUGGCAAAAUCUAAACAAAUGCUCAACAUUGGAGGUUUGGUGACCGUUCCACAGUAGCAGAUUGCUCGGCCUUGUUUUCGUCCCAGUGUGCGAGUGAAAAUGGCACGCAGAGAAGGUGACUCCAUCUCUGGCACUUGCAACGUCACAGCAGCCCUGAGCCUUACCGAUAACGAUUGUGUGGCUACAGGAGGCUUGUUCGCCGACAGAUGCCGGACGAGUAAUUAUGGUCACCGUCAUCACGACCGCACGAAAGUAGCUUAUUCUUCAGCACACCGGAUUGCCGCUGUCGUAUUUCCAUCGGGUUUGAUCGUGUUGGGAGCACAGCAUUGUGACACACCGUUUUCCAGCAACUUCUGCUAUACUUCAAGCUUUGGUGCGAGGAAUAUGUGAACCUGCGAUUGUAAAAAAGUGUGAUAAUGUGUGAUUUGUUAUCCAUUGACUGAAGGACUCUUCGUCUACCGGUAAAAAGCAAAGUAACACAUGCAUAGAAGAGUGUGUUCUAUAUGCAGCAAAGACUUGUUUGUAGCAAUAAUGAGUAAAACGCAAUACUCUCUGGAAGUUCUAGAAAGAGGGCAUUUUCCAUGCGCACAAGUGAAAGAUAAGGUUCGUGGAUAUUAAGUGAUAUCGGCACGGAAGAUAAGCGUAGGUGCAUUGACGACAUUGGUAUCACGAGCACACAGCUGUGUUAGUGUGCCAGUAGUACAUAGUCGAAUAGUAAAGUAAUUAAGUGCUGAUACUGUGUAAAUGUGCGAAUAGCCACAGCCCACAGUCAUCUGGAUGAGCAAAGGUGUAUAUGAUAGUGUACCGUAAAGCUGGGUAUUCUGAAAUUGUGUAACUAGUGAACCAGGAUACCUGUAACUGUUUUCCAAAAUGUCGUUCCUAAACAACCUGAAGAAGGUGUUCCACCUGGGCAGCGGAGAGGCCAAGAAGAAGCGCAUCUUCAACAACAUCCGCAUGGACACGGAUCCGGCCGACUUCUGGGACAUGAUCGGCGAGCUGGGCGAUGGUGCGUUUGGCAAGGUGUACAAGGCACAGAACAGGGAGACGAAACAGCUGGCUGCGGCUAAGAUGUGCACACUGGAGGAUGAGGAAAAUCUGAGCGAUCACAUGGUUGAGAUUGACAUCCUGUCCGAGAUUAAGCAUCCAAACAUUGUCGGUUUGUAUGAAGCAUUUUCGAUCGACGACAAGCUGUGGAUGCUGAUAGAAUAUUGUGAUGGUGGUGCCUUAGAUAGUAUUAUGGUGGAGCUAGAGAAACCACUCACCGAGGCGCAGAUUGCUUACGUAUGCAAGCACAUGUGCGCCGGACUGAACCAUUUACACAAGAACAAGGUGAUACACCGGGACUUGAAGGCCGGCAACGUGCUGCUAACAAUGGACGGUGGCGUUAAACUGGCGGAUUUCGGCGUUUCGGCCAAGAACAAGCACACGAUGCAAAAGCACGACACGUUUAUCGGGACGCCCUACUGGAUGGCACCGGAGCUGGUACUGUGCGAAACGUUCCGGGACAAUCCGUACGACUUCAAGGUCGACAUUUGGUCCCUCGGUAUAACGCUGAUCGAGUUUGCUCAGAUGGAACCACCGAACAGUGAAAUGUCUCCGAUGCGAGUGCUGCUCAAGAUACAAAAAAGUGAACCACCCAAGCUGGAUCAACCAUCGAAGUGGUCGAAACACUUUAACGACUUUCUAGCGCGCGCGCUCGUAAAGGAUCCACAGCAAAGACCGUCGACGGAGGUGCUGAUGGGAUUGUCGUUUAUUAGUGGUAAUCUAGACUCGAAGCCCAUCAAAGAUCUGCUGCUCGAGUACAAGGCGGACGUGGUAGAGGAGGAACUGGUGGACGAGGAAGCGGAGAAGGCUAAACGACAAGCGAAGCGCAGAUCGCUCUAUCAGAGGGAACCCCGCAAUUCUGCUCUUCCGCUCGACUUGGAUGAUGAUUCUUCUUCUCUACAGAGUCAAGAAACUGAUAAGCUUCCAGAUACACCCACGUCCCUUUCGAAGUCAUCCAGAGAUUCGAAAGAGUCGACUCCCGUUCCCACCACCGAAGAUGAUCCCAGCAAAUCGAAGAAUGGACCGGCGACGACUACUGUCGGAGCGCCAGGUUCAGCAGGCGCGGCACCGCUGGAGGCACCGCCGCCUAGUGUAGAUACAAAAACGGAAAUGAAAAAAUCGCAACCAGCGCCUUCACCCGCGCCACCGCCGGUCGUUGCUUCGCCGGUCAGUGUAGAGGGCACACCAGAAACAACCAUCAAAACAUCCUCCUCCUCAUCGAACAUUAGUGGGGGAGCGGUUAACGUUCCCACGCCGGUGUUACCUGUGCCUAAAGAAAUUGUCCCUGAACAACCAUCCACGGGAGAGCCACAUGCAGAACCACCGGGUGGAGGCAAUGAGCAGAGAAAAAUCAUGGCUGCAGGUGGAACAUCCAGCACUGCCGCCGUUAAGAAAGGACCUGCACCUCCGCCACCGCAAACGCCAACUUCUCCCACGGGACGACAAACUUCGGCGAAGCUCAUAUUCGGUGGUUCCGUGGCAAAGGAUGUCGUGCCGCCAACGCCACCAGAAACGCCACAAACACCGCCGGCGGGUGAACCGCCAGCAAAGGCUCUCGAUCGACCGGAUGCAACGGCACUAGCCGGUACAAUGCCACCACCGCCUCCGGCUCUGAUGCGAAUGGGAAGCAGUGGUGUGAUUGAAGAGCAGACGAAGUCUCCCCGCAAGGAACAUGCACCGACGCCACCGUCCGAUAAAAAGAGCCCCAAGGCAUCGACGCCGCCGGGUGCAAAGCCGACGAUAAAUGUUCACGAGCAUCCUUCGUCACCGAAGGCAAAUCAAUCCUUCGCUAUGUCUAGUACUAAUAAUGUUGCCAUUCCGAGGGCGGUGCAUCCGCCUUCAUCCCUGGUAGAGGAGGGAGGAGUUGACGAGGGAGUGAAAAUGAUUACCACCACCUCAACGCCCUCAACGGUACGCAAUCAGUUGCCUCAUCAUGCCACCUUGAUGAAUACCUCCUCAUCCUCCUCAACGACAUCCAUCACCAUCAACGAUGCGGCUGUGCUGUCUGAUCCUUCCAACAGUUUGGCAAGCAACGUGGCACAGGUGACGGUCGUCACGAGCCACCCACCGGUGAUAAUUGAUAAUUCAAUUCCAUUGCCACCGGCAGCGGCUGUAGCAGCCUCUUCUGGUACUUCAUCGUCUGCAUCCUCGACGAAGUCGUUCGGUUCGUCUCAGCAACGGCGUUCGCGUGUCAUAUCUCCCCCAGGUACGGGAGCCCAUGAUGAGGUGGUUAUCGUGUCGAAUGAGCUAAACAAAACGCACGUCAACGAAUCGUCGACCGAUGACGACUUUCAGUCGCUGGAUAGUCUGGAGAACGUUUCACCGCGGCAUCAUCCUAUGCGAACACCUUCACAGUCGGCCACAGGUGGGCGAGCGAUCGCACGAAAGCUGGACGAAAGCGAGGUGCUCAUCGUCAGCUCGGGAUAUGAUGAUCGCCGCGAAGUUCUUCUGGUGGAUGAUACAAACGCUAGUUCUCCCGAUCGGGAUGUGGAUGCGUACGGCGAUGGUGAUGUGUUCAACGCUAGCGGACACAAUCUACUAAACAACAGCAGCAAGUUGUUGCUGGACACUAGUCAUGUAUCGGUGGUGACGGUUGGCGAGGAGGAGAUCAAGGUGAAGGACUCCUCGCAACAUCAUCCGCAGCUGAUCAAUAAUCCGCAUGCGUCAUCACCGCAUCAUUAUCACCACGACUCCACCAGUGAUUUGUCCAACGUUAGCUGCGGUCCGAGCGAAUCGAGUGAUGACGUCAAGGUGGACAUUGUGGUCGGCGGGCGGCAGCAGCCAUCCCAUCAGCAGCAGCAAGCUCAGCAUCCACAGCAACGAUCGCCAUCCGGUUCCUCGAUUUCGCUGCCAAGCCAAACGGGUAAAGGUAGUGCUAGUGGUGGAGGAAUUAUCAAUGGCAAUAGAUAUAAUGGUGGCAGUGAAUUCCAUCAGAGUCGUGAGGAUGUCAGUAUCAUAGUGAAUAAGCGCAAGAUAGAAAAGUCUCGGAUUUCACCAGACAGUAGCGUCGGUUCGCUCGAAGGCGGUGGUUCGGUACGUUCCGCCAGUACGCCUAUUCAUCAGAACCAUCAUCAGCAGCACGGUAGUGCCGCAGGUGGCAUGGUGAUCGGUGGUAAUCAUCAUCAGCGGACGGGUAGCAGUGGAACGACUCCAUUAGCAGUAUCAGCGAAGCAUCAUCUGUACGAUCGAAGCGAUGCGGAAAGCAUUGCAACCACCACUAGUCACGAUAGUCGCGAGCAUGCAUCGGUCGAGCUGGAAGAAGAGGUAACACUCCGACGAAAGCCAAUGCCCUCACUAGACCUCGACGACGAUAAGGUACCUGUGUUGGCAGCUGGGGCGACUUUGUCCGGAUCAUCGACCUUGGUCAGUAGCAGUGCCGGUGGUAAUGCUUCGGCAACAGCCACGGCGGGAACUCCCGGUGCUGCUGGUGGUGUGGCCGCUGCUGCUGGCACGGGAGCAGCCGCAGCCGGUGGCAACGGUACGGCCGGCAUUCGGCAGAAAGCUAACCGCAAUAUUAGCAAGGAGGAAUUGCACCUACAAAAUCUGAAAAAGAAAACGCGAAAACGAACGCGUAAAUUUGAGAUCGAUGGGGUACAAGUAACGACCACGACCAGCAAGGUGAUCUACAGCGAUGAGGAUAAUAACAAGCUGUACGACGAUCAUCUGUUCCGCAAGCAGGAGCUGCGCGAGCUCAAGAUGCUGCAGAAGCAGGAGAAGAAACAGUUCUAUGACCUGCAGGGUAAAGAAGCGAUCGCCAAAGAGCAGCAGGAGAAGAAGUUCGAGCAGGAACGGCUACAGCUAGAGCGUACGUUCGAGGCCGACAUGGACGUGCUAGCCCGUCAGCACCGGCAAACGGUGGAGAAGUUUGAACAGCAGCAGGAAGCCGAAUUGCGCAAUACGUCCAAAAAGAUCCGAGCCGAACAGGAGCGAGACCUGAAACUAUUCCGAGACAGCUUGAAGCAGGAGAUACGAUUGUUAAAGCAGGAGGUGGAUCUACUGCCGAAGGAAAAACGAAAAGAUGAAUUCCGUAAGCGGAAAACGCAGAUGGAGUUCGAACACGAGGAGCGUGAAAAGUCGUUCCUAUCGUCGCUAUCGGAAAAUCACGAACUUGCUCUGCGGCGGAUUAGUGAAAUCUACCGCGAAAAGCUGUCCGCUACCGACAAGGGUUAUCUGCAGCAAAAGCAAACGGCGAUGAGAACCCGGGAAGCGAUGCUGUGGGAACUGGAGGAAAAACAUAUCCACGAUAAGCAUCAACUGGCAAAGCGUCAUGUGAAGGACAUUUGUUUCAUGCAACGGCAUCAAAUGAUUAUUCGGCAUGAGAAGGAAUUAGAUCAAAUCAAACGCAUGAUCACCCGGAAAGAAGAGGAACUGUUGAAACGACAGACGAUCGAACGGCGAGCACUGCCAAAGAGAAUACGCGCCGAGCGAAAGGCUCGCGAUAUGAUGUUCCGUGAGUCGUUACGCAUUUCUAUGACCACUGAUCCGGAGGUAGAGCGGGACAAGCUGAAAAAGUUCCAAGAGCAAGAGAAGAAGCGAUAUAACCAAGAGCAAUUGCGAUUUGAAACCAAGCACAGUAAGCAACUUGAAGAACUUAGAGCUACCUCAGAAGGAUCUAUUAGGGAACUUGAGCAACUGCAAAACGAAAAACGUAAGCAACUGCUUGAACAUGAAACAGCAAAACUUCGCGAAUGUGACGAAGCGUUGCAGAAGGAGUUACGUGAAUGGAAGGCGCAGCUCAUGCCCCGCAAACAGGCGGUUGAGAAGCAUCUGAGCCGGAUGGUGGACGAGUACGAAGACCGUUGGGGUCCGGUUGAUCGCCGUGAGUUUGAUGGCGAUUUUACCGUGCCACCGGAGUUGCGCAAUCGCACCAAUUCCCUCAAUACCCUUUCCCUCCGGCUGCUGAACAUCACACGCUCCCGUACGUUCCUAACGCUUCCCACGAUGGCAAACGGUGGCGUUGCUGGUGGUGGUGGAUACGGUGGUGGUGGUGGCGGAAGUAGCUCUAACCGAAACAGUAUACACAGCUCUGUGCCGGAUCUUAGCCGGUCCAUGCCCAAUACGCCCAACUCCGGGCACAAACUGUCCCUCGCAUCGUCAUACGAUUCCGUGCUGGAAGAGAAUGAAGGUGAAAAUCAACCACCUACAAUGGUUGCUGGCCGUGGUGGUGGUGGUGAUGAUGCUAGAGGUUAUGGUAAUAAUCCGUACCAAUCUGCUAUCAAGUACAUCCACACCAAUGAUCCACUUGUUGCUAACAAUGUGCACGUGAGGCGCAAAUCGGAAGAUAUGCUUUCUGGCAAAUCACGAUCAACGCGCAUACCGAUCAAAUCAUUCCUCUUCUCGAACACACCGGUCCGGUCGGGCCGGAAUGAGUACGGCAGCUCAUCAUCAUCCGCUUACUACGCUGGCGGGGGUGGUGAAUAUGGUGUAUCCCGUGGGACUCCAUCUGGGGGACCGAUGUCGUACUAUUCCGACUCAAAGGACCGUGUCGUAUCGAUCCGUGUGAACAAUCAGGCGACUAAUCGCAAACCGGCAAACAUGUUCGAUGGUAUCACUAAUCGGUCUAAUAUUUCACAAUCACAUCAAUCGGCAUCCGGCGGUACAAUGCCACGCCGUACGUCUGCUGGGUGGGGCCCAAGUCGCCUUGGCGAUAAUACGUUCACCACAGCAUCUGAUGCGAACAUCAAUCGGCUGACAACGUUCAGUUCCGCCCGCGGAGGUCUUCCACUUCCUGUGGCGAAUGGUACCGGUGGUCGCAAUAGCACCCCGUCGGGAUUGAAACUAUCACCAUCUACUCCGGUGUUGCUUGCACCGACUAAGGAUGAUGAUACAGUGGUUUAAUUGAAGCACAUCCUGGAACAAAAUAGCAAUUAGUGUACCUUGCUUUGAAGUUGCGGCAUUGAGGCAACUACUGCAUCCGGUUGGGUUUGUGUAUAUCUGUAUCGGUGAACGUCGAAUUUCGCCACAGUCGCUUUUUAAUUCCGUAUCAAAUAUCCUUGUCACAUCCACAAAAUCGUCCUCGCACUACUCGAAUCAUCCAGUUCCAAAAGCCCAGCACACCCUAGUGUUCCUUCCAAACUUUCAAUAUUCCGAACACAACGAACCAAGUUAUCCAGAAAGAAGACUACGACAGAUCUACUAUCUUAAUGGAGAGCGGAGCAUGCUACACGGAAUUUCCACAAUAUACUACGUUUUCCUUUUGCCAACUAACCCGCAACUAACUGGAACGAAAGUCUACUAACCUAGAAUGGAAACCGUCAACGGAAAUCCACCACUAACUUGUAGCGCACAAUGCAACUUCGUUUGAUAUGGCACAUAUGGCACUUUAAAAAGAAACUCCAAUUCAAAGUCGUGCUACUACUGGAAGGAUAAUACUGGAAAAAGUGCGCUAUUGAGGAAAUGUUAUUGGCCAAUAUAGUACGAGUGGGUCGAUCUUUUCCCAAAAUUUGCCGAAAUAGAGCCCCUUUUAAGCAUGUAUGUGUAUGGCGUGUGAUAAUGGAACAGCCGGAACUCGCUUUGCCCCACAAACUACCUCUUUUCGUUCUCGACUAUAUAGUCUUCGUCGUCUCCUUGGCGAACCGCGUAACGUAAUCAAAUCAGCGUCUCGAGGAAACGUUCGCUCAGCAGCUGGAAGAGAUGGAACAGUUGUACGGCAACAGCCUGGUACCGAUGCCACCACAAUCCCCGCAAUC